UUUAACAAACAGUGAACAAGAAACAUGUAAAAACUAGUGAUCAGUCGGAAAACAAUUUGAUGAUAAUUGAAGAGUUGAAGUUCAUCUUGGAUGAAAGAUGAUGAUAAAGAGGAAAGUAAACACCAGAGAGCGCAAUAUAUCCAAGUUUCGAGGUUUUUACUUGACCAAACAUCGGUUCGUCUUACACUGUCAUUACUAGCUUUUUACACUUCAUUGAGUUAACAACACAUAAGUACAACUUUUUACUCAUUUCGCUCUCUUUUUCAAUUCUUAUCUUGAUCAUUGUGUACUUAUUUUACAUCGUGUUCAACAUUAAAUUAAUAGUUCCAUUGACUCUACAAUCUGGUUUUUAAAUUUGCCAAAUCAAGUUAACCUAAUUUAUUUGCUAACCGUUCUUGUCAUUUUUCAUUGAUUCACUUUUACUUUCUUGUGUCGGUGUUUUUUAUAAUUUUCAACUGUAAAUUAAGUAUAACCUAAGUUUAUCAACCGUUAAUUGUGAUCAUUAUUGUGUAUAUUAAGUUAAUUCCGUUUUUUGGAGUGAAUUUUUGAUUGUAAUCUUUCAUCUUUUACAAUGGAAACAUUUAAAACAGUUCUUUACCAACAAGAUUUCUCGAAAUUAUAUGUUACAUUGGGAUUUUAAUCAUUGAACUCAGACAAAUAAUCAAGAUAUUUUUCUUCUCUUACAACCUUUUCUUUCUCACCUUCCUCUUUACUCGGCUUCUUAACAACUGCAACAAAAGCUCAUUCUACUUAAUCUUACAGUUUUGAGAGUAAAAAUUGGCCUCAGGUCAGAAGGGCUCUUAAACAGGUAACUCAACAUUUACCUCGCAAAAUAAAAGUCUAUGGAUUCAAAAAGUUUUAUCCUUCGUCAUUGUUUAUCCUGAUUCAACAUGAGAUUCAAUGGUAACCUUUUCAAAGGAACAUCAAUGUUGAUGUUAUCAUCAGCGUUACUUUUCCUUCCUCUUUCUUGCAAUCAAUUGAUAAAUUAUCGCCUUCCUUUUCUUUCAUCUUAAUAACUGAAUGAAUUCACAGCCAGACAAGAUGAAACUAUCCCAGUGAUUUAUUUACACAAUUAUCUCAUGGCAUCUUUAACCAAAUCAAUUUUUAAAUUCAUGGCCGGAUCAAAGCCACAUCGGAAUAAAUUUACUUCAUCAUCAUCGACAAAUUAUCAAGACUUUUUUUUCGCCUUCAUUUUUGUUAAUAUUUUGUGUUUCAUUUCAUUAACUUUUUUGACGACAGUUUCGGCUGUUACAUCACCGGAAUCGGAGGAAUCCAAUUCAGUAGAUUGUUCACCAAAUGAUCCCAAUUUUCCAUUGUGUCGACAUUGUCCCUGCAAUCGAGCUGGAGUUUUGGAUCCAGAAAAUUGUGAUGAACCUUGUGAGUGUAAACCUUCAGUGAUCGGUCAAUUUUGUGACCAGUGUAAACCCGGUUAUGUUAAUCUUAAUUCAGAUAAUCCAGAAGGAUGUACAAAGUGUUUUUGUUUUAAUGUAACAACAUCUUGCCGAAUAACUUAUUGGCCUUCCCAAAUAAUAACAAACCCAGCAGAUUGGCAAAUAACAACAUUAUCUGGAGGUGAAAUAGUUGACCCUCAACAAGAAGAUGAUCACUUAGUAAUUGCCGAUGAUGAUGCACCUUCAGCUCCAUAUUAUUAUUGGUCGGCUCCUCGUGAAUAUCUUGGUGAUAUGUAUGCAGCUUACGGGCGAAAAGCAAAGAUAUCUUUAAGUGCCACCGUUCUUCGAGGUGAUUCAGCUGGUAGUCCUGUCUAUGGACCUGACAUUGUUUUGGAAGGAGAAGAUUCCCAAGGGUCAAGAUUGUUGAUUGGUCACAGUUGGAAACCAAUUCCAUUUGUUCGCGCUGAACGAACAAAAAUUAAUAGAAAAAUUGUACUUUCUGAGCGCAAUUGGUUUCGAUUAAAUGAUGAUGGGUCAAAUAGUUCCAGGGUUACACGUGAUGAAUUUGUUAUGGUUUUAAGUAACUUGAAACGUUUUCUGAUACGAGCUUAUUUUCAUACAGACCAAAUUGAAGGAUCUUUUUACAAUGUUGACGUUUUAGUUGCAUCACCUAACGGAGAAACAGAUUCGGCAACGGGUCGGAUUACACAAGAGUGUGAUUGUCCCGAAGGCUACGAGAGACCUUCUUGUGGUCCAGGAUGUUCACCAGGCUAUAGACGAGUAAAUAAUACGCUAAUUGGAGGAAUCUGUGAGAAAUGUUAUUGUAACAACCAUUCAUUAACUUGUGAUGCUUUUACUGGAGAGUGUACCCAAUGUUUACACAAUACCCAAGGUGCUAGAUGUAAUAUGUGCUCUUUUGGCUUCUAUGGUUUCCCGUUAAACGGUCAACCUGACGAUUGUAAACCUUGUGCUUGUCCACGUUUAGAGCCUUCCAACAAUUUUUCACCAACCUGCAUUGCAAUUAGUAGAGAUGAUUAUGUUUGUGAUGCCUGUCAAUGGCCUUAUACGGGUCCCAAGUGUAAUCAAUGUGUAGAGGGUUUUACUGGAGAUCCAACAACAUUAGGCGGCUCAUGUGUUCCGAUUGAGAUUACAAGUACUACCUCAACUACUACAACAACAACAACUACAACAAGUAUACCAAGCACAACAACACGAACCACAACCACAACAAUGUCAUCUUGGAUUCCAACUGAAAUGACAACGUACUACUGGCCAACAUAUACAGAAACAUGGAAACCAUAUGAAACAACGUAUUGGUAUGAACCAUCAACGACGGUACCACCACCACCCUGUCGAUCCUACGAAACAACAACACUACCUCCUCCUCCUCCUCCUCCCCCGCCAACAAAACCAUUCAUAGUAACUUAUGAGAAUUGUCAACACUCUUGUGCUGGUCUUCACUAUUCAGAUAUCUGGGAUAUGGAAGUAACUUUGAGUAAAAUAAACAUCGAUGAUAUAUUUCAUUUUCCAUAUGCAUUAGCCUCUUUGAUAAGGAAAGAGGUUAAUUUAAGAGAGUCUUUGAAGCAUAGACAUUUUAUCUUAACUAAUGGAUUAACUUUGAUUGGUGGUUUGACGGGUGAACUGGAAUUUAAUUUAACCAUGGAUCCAUUUGUGGGAAGAGUAAAUACUUCAGAAGUUAUAGCAAUCAACAUGAUUAACUCACUCUCAGAGCUUCUUGGACUGUCAACCACAGAAAUGAAUAACGUGCGGUCCCUUCAAUCUUCCAUUCAUCAAACAAUUUCUUAUAUUAAUUCCAUUUCAAGUGAUAUCAGUGCAAAUGAACCAAACUUUUGGGAUGAAAUGAUUCGACGAGCCAAUUCUUGGGUUACUGAAAUGUCAAACAUUGAUUUGACCUCCAAAUUAGCCGAUUCAAUUGUUGAACGAGAGCAAAGUGUAGUUUUUCUCAAUCAAGUUUCAUCUUUUCUAUCCACCUACAGAGAACAAAAUUCGCUUCUCGAACGAAUAAACCGAUUGAAAUAUAUUUUGCACCAAAUAGAGUUUAUAAUAAAUGAACAAGUCAAUUCGCCGGUUUAUUUGGUAGAUCAACAAAUGACGAGCGUUCGUAAUUCAAUAAAUGCUUUAGUAUUGAAUGCCACUUAUAACCAGGAACGAAUUGUUAAAUAUAGUGAAUCUAUUCGAGAAGGUUUUAAUCAUCUGGAAGGAUCUCAAGUGUACUUUUCGAUAAUCAACAAAGUAACUGGAGACUUAGAAACUAUGUCAAAUGAUUUAAAUCGUUCAAUUCUGGCUGUUGAAAGAGUCCGAUCCAUUUAUUCCAGACUUAAUCCUUUUUAUGAAGAUGUUUAUGUUAAUCGGUGUCGUGACAGGGUAGAUAAAGAAUUGAGCAGGAUCAAUGGAGCCAUAGAAGAGUAUAACAUGACAAUUAAUUUACUCAAACCCUACAUUGAUAUCCCACAGUCAAAUAAUCAAACCGUUGUUUUGAUUGAACGGGCAGAGAUUGAUGCAGAAAAGGCAAUUAACACCAUUGUAAGUCAAGUAAUAGAUUCUGUUGUGAAUCAAGGAACGACAAGUAGGGCAACAGAGUUGAGAGGAACCAGCAAUCAAAUUUAUCGGGAAGUUGUUCAACAAUCUUUAACCAUUAGCGAGCGUUCGUCUGAAUUGAUUGAAGUUACUCGUUUUAAUGAAGAGUCUCGAUUGGUAACUGAUUGUUUUAAAUCUCAUGAAACCAUCCUAGAGGAGUUGAAUAAUUUCACAGUUUCAAUUGAAGCUUCAUCCAGGGAUACAAUUGAAUUUUCAUAUAUCUUGGAUAUGGGACUGAAAAGUAUUGAAAGUAGAGUUGCUGAAAUCAACGAAUCACUAGGUAUAAUUGAAGGUCCAAGUGCAGUACGAGUUGAAGAAAAAUGGCUUGCUGAAAUGAAUGAGGCAUCAAACCUGGUUAACCAAUCAUCAAACUUAGUUCAAUCAAUUUCGGUUAAUACUGAACGACUAUCAGAUGUAGCUUCAAAAGUAAGGCGUCAGCGUCAAGGGAUGGACACUAAUUUAGCUGAUUUAAGAAAACGCAUUCUACUAGCCAAACAAAAAGCUGCAGAAAUAAGAAUUGCCUUAGCCUCUGAACCUGAUAUGUACUGUAUCAGAUCAUAUGUGGUAGAAACUCAACCAUCGUCAGCCAAUUCCAUCUCUAUGAAUUAUGCUAUUGAUCAGGAAAAGGUUCGAGAUGCUUUGAUUUUUUCCAUUGUGAAUCCAGAUGAUGGCGAUUUUCUUGCCAUAGAUAUGGUGGAUCGCUCUAUUAGAUUUCUUUGGUCUUUAGGCACUAAUGGUUUGACAAUAAUAGAGCAUCCAAUGAAACUCGAAACAAGCCCAGAAAACAUGGAAGAGGAUGCCCAUUGGUACCACAUAGAGGCUGAAAGAAUAGGAACAAUUGGAACACUGAAUGUACAAAGAGUCGUUGAUGGCAAUGCUUUAUCUGGUAACCCGGUUAAAUCUGUUUCAUCAGCCAACUAUUCAAUAUUAGAUGUAACAAGUGCUCAUCGUUUGUGGAUAGGUGGUCAUCUUGAAUUAGAUGGAUUCUUUGUUCCUAGUGGAGCUGUUUCCAAAGGAUUCCAAGGUUGUCUAGCUGAUUUAAUGUAUGAUGAGAAGCACAUUGGUCUUUGGGAUUUCAGUUAUACCUCUCCAACCGGUUGUAAGCCAUGUUCGAAGAGUGCAUUAGAAUCAGGAGAAUAUGGCGUCUUUCAAUUUAAUGGCAAAUCAUCAUAUUCCGUAUUGGAUCAAAUCCCACGAUAUGAUAAUAGAAAUUACCAAGUAGUGAUGUUGAUGAGAACCUUUGAUGAAUCCGCAAUAAUCUUUUUCUGUUCAGAUGUUGAUACAGGAAAUUACAUCGCUAUACACAUUGUAAAUGGACGUGUAUCAUUCUCUUUCCGAGAUAGUCCGGAAACAUGGCUAAAAUUGGUUACCACAGAUAAAUAUAACAACGGUGAAUGGUUCAGGGUAACAGCUGCAAGAUCAGAAACACGGGCAAUAUUAUCAGUGGAUAAAGAAAACAUUGAAGGUGAAGUUGAAGCAUAUAAUUCCGAUCUAGGUGAUUGUAAAAUUCACUUUGGAGGAGUCCCACCAAACUUUACAACUCACCAUUGGCCUAAUCUUGAUUUUAAACCAUUCCUUGGUUGCAUGAAAGAUGUUCAAAUCGAUACAACACCGUUAAAUCUAAUGAAUGGAGAAACAUUUGGAUUAUCGACUGGAUGUAAAAACGAUUUACCAAGAAGUGCAAAAUUCAAUGGACAAGGAUAUCUUGAAAUGAAAGGCUUACCUUUACGUGAUAAUGAUGUAAUAAGUUUAACAUUCAAAACUAAUCAAAGUGAGGCCAUCCUUUUGAUGGCCACUUUUAAGAAUCCCAAAAAACCUAAAAAAGAACUUCAAUAUUAUUCUUUAGCUAUAACUGUUGGAUCUCUUGAAGCUCGAUUUAAUCCUGGCUCAAGUGAAGCUUUGUUAAUUUCUCGGGUCUCGGUAAAUGACGGAAAAUUUCAUACGGUAGCAAUUACCAAAAGAAAUAGAAGAGUUUGGAUGACUGUUGAUGAUUAUGAAGUCGUUACAGCUAAACUUGGACCAGGUCGUAAUAUUGGUGCCUCAGCCAGUGAAAGUGAACUCUUUAUUGGUGGUGUACCACAAUCGUCUGAAUGGUUUAAAAUUUUGGGAACUAAUCAAUCUCUGAAUGGAGUUAUCAAAGAUUUUAUUACUGAUGGAAAAGUUAUUUAUUUCAAUAAUUUUGUGACUUUUGACUCCGUUGAAAUUGGACGAGGAGUUUAAACGAGGAUGAAGAAAAGGAUGAGGAUGAAGAAAAUAUUGAAAGCCUCAAUUAAAAGUUAAUUCAAAUUUGCAAUCAACGAAAAAGAUUUCUAUAAACAGUGAAUUGUAUCAUUUUUUUACUACAAAUCACCGAGUGCCUAUUCAUUUAAUGUGUAUUGUGUAUAUAUUCAUCUUUUUUCUGAACUAAUAUUAAACAAUCAUUCUAUUAAUCAAAAAAAUAGUUCGAAAACAUCAUUGACCUAACAAUAAACAUAGC